AUGGAUGCUUCCUUGAAAGCAGUGGUGGGCAAGUUUCAGUCAUGGAUGGUCGAUGCCUUUGGCGGAUCUGGCGACCCACAGCUGCCGGACGCUGUCGAGAUCUGCCCCUCAGUUGAGUUGAGCGACUACUUCCAGUCACACUUCGGGGACAACUCGGAAGCCCUCACAACCAUCUUCAAGAGCGUCAUGCACAGAGUGGAGCAAGUUGACCCCACAUUCACAUAUUCCCGCAAGCCUGUUGCAACCAAUGUCCCUGAUGUACCAGAGCUUGGAGAAUCCCUAGAGUUGAAUUUGAUGCCAUGGCAUCUGAGCUUCGACCCCAGCUUGUCUCUGAAGGGCAAGUCCAAAAUGGUGUACAUCAAGACCUGUGUCACUGACUUCCUGGAGCGGCCCUACAACUCGAUGGAGAACCCGAUACACGUGUUCUUUCCGAAAAAGUGCAACACACCCGGGCAGGCCAUUCAGAGCUACGGAGUGGGACAUGGCAUCGGGUUUGCCAAGAGCCUUGCCAUCAAGAUGCUCCUGCUGGGUGUGGUUCAGAUGCAGCUGUCCGACGCAGAGCUCAAGGUCAUCGCUCCGCAGCUGAAGGCAUUGUUCAGCUUCCGCUGCCUCUACAAGACUUUGGGGGACGAGAAGCAGGACCGCAUCCAGUGCCUGAAGGACAAGUUUGGCGAGGCUGCCCGGCCGCGGCCAGAUUGCAUCCAAGUCUGCACCAUUUUGCAGGCCCAGGCCAGGGAGGAAGGUGCGCAGUGGGAGCAUGCUGCAGCUCGCAUGAUCUCUGAAUUCAACAAGGGUAGCACCAACGAAGUCAAGCAACUUUCAGACUUGGAGAUGUGCAUCGUGAAAGUCCUGCCAUCGAUUGAGGAGGACACCCUCAAGAUGAUCGACUACCAUUGGCAGAACCAUGCCAUAAAGACCAGCGCCUUGCCAUACAAAGUGCUGGCCACUGACGCAUUCAUGAGUGGGUCAAAGCCAAAGCCAAGCCAGGACUCCAAGCUUUGGCGUGACAUCCUCAGCUUGAGCAACGAGAAGCGGCACUGGUACAUCACACGCAAGAUCAGGCUCUACCUCUUCAAGAUUGCGGAUGCGAAGCGGCUGAGGAGGAAGGUCAGCCCAAACAGCAUCCGUGACGAGAGGGACAACGACAGUGCUUGGGCAAUCGCUUGCAUUUUCACGCAUUUCCAAGAGGCCUGGAGCGGCCUUGUCACUCAGAGCUCCUUGCAGCGCCUCCAGGACAACUUCUGCCGGGGAUACCUUGACACUGAGCUGCUUGAGAAGUACCGCCUGAUGAACCCCAGUCUUGCUGCCACGAGCUUCCGGUUCUUGGCGGAAGUCGGCUACCAGGUCGAGCUUGCCGCUGACCUGCAAAAGGCCGAGCUCGCCCAGACCAAGGCGCGCCUGCUGAAGGAGCAGCGGCAGUGGAUGCAGUUCAACGAGUCUUUGGAGGAGUUCAAGCUGGCCACCGUUGGGAUGAAGCAGGAGCACGUGGACAAGCAACGUGAUGUGCAGCGAGCGGCCAUAGAAGACUUUGCAGACCUCUUCUUCCCCGUGAGGGACCUAGCAGAGAUCUCGCAUGGCCUCACCUUUGCGGAGGCCAGCAUCCACAAGUGCUGCGGCAAGAUGUCGGCGCCGCAGGAAGCAGUCUUCAAGGUGUAUUGGCUGAACUCCGCAGUGCUGGGCUAUGAUGCAGUGCUUGGAGUCUCCGAGGCCGUUGCAGAGUACGCAAGCCAUGUGGCAAGCAGCCCAGCGAGCUCGUGCAUUCUGGUUGCCGCUCCAACAGCAGGCGCUUGGGGGAGCAAGUACCAUGAGACUGCAAUCGUUGAGGCCACAGAGAAGGUGCGCCAGUUGCUGCAGCACAGCGAGCGCAGGCUGCUGGUUCGGGAGGUGUGCCUGCCCUUCCAAGUUGACAGCAUCCAGGCACAGUCAAAGCGGCCAGGAAUGCACAAAAUUUUCCUUUGCGUUUCUGACCAGUGUGAUGCAUCCGGCCAGCCGGUCUCCAAGUUCACGCAGUCCCAGCUUUGGAAGAGACAGAUUGUGGCUGGGAGCAUCAAGGUCCCGAUGGCUGCAGUGAAGCAGAUGGUUGACCCGCGGAGGAGCUUCGUGGGUGCGUCUGGGCUGGCAGACAACUUGAGCAAGCCGUCGCGGAGGAAGCAGUGGCUUGCUGGCUGGCAAGUAACCGCUGCCCUGCAGGAAGCCUUGUGGUCUGGCAUGGGCCAAGUGCUUCCCAAGGCAAGCAUGGCUGCUUGGGUGGACGUUUUCAUGUACGACCAUUUUGCAGCCGAGGGCCUGAUGCGGGCAAUGGACAACCCGGCCAGUCCCGACAUGAUGUACAUUGGGCUGGUGUGGGCUGACAUGAGCUCCCGUGAUCCCUCCAACUCUGGCGCCCAGCGAACCUCCGCAGAGGUCGGUCAAGACAACGCGAAGAUCUGCAAAUGGGUGAGGAAGCAGAUUCGCCGAAAGCUGCAGGGCUAUGCCACUGAAGGGGCGUUGAGUGUACCUGGCUGGGAGCCCAUCACCGGGUUUCAGGAGACACGGGCUGUCCCACAAGUGACAGAAGCCGACUUCACACUGACCUACCCGGCAGCUUCCAACUUGCUUCCUCUGCGCAGCUGCAUCUUGGAGACUCUUGCCAACAAGUUCACUCACGGUGAUGCGGCAGCGGCUUGGGCAGAGCUGGUCAGUGAACACAAUGCUGUUUGGAACCCUUCUGGCACCCCCCAUGAGGAAACCAAAAAGCGAGCGGCGUCAGAGGAGGCAAGUGGCCACCACCCCAACAAGAAGGCCAAGGUGUUGGAGUCCAAGGCAGGGCAGCCAGCCUCUCUGGAGGAGCUCAUUGCGCAGAAGGGCGCUGUGGUUGACUUGACAGAGACGGUGUCCAACGCCCAUCUCUUCUUCACAGAUGAUGGGGAAAUCUGGGCUCUGGCUGACUCUGACACCACCUUGUCUGACCGUGGCCCGCCUCUGGCUCUCGUGUACGGGACGUUCAAGCUCAACGAGGAAGCAAGCACGGCAUCCAAGAAGAGCUCCUGCUUCCGUGCCACCUUCAACAGCGACACUGAGGAAGCGGUUUUCCGCAAGGCAGCCGACUCCGCCAAAGAAUGCAAGCUGCGGACAUUGCGCAGCUGGCUCAAUGAGCAGGAGCAGCUUGGCUGUGACAUCCAGGCAGUGGAGUUUGCCUGCCACUCCCUGAAGCCAGGCUCGGAGAAGGACAGCGCCGGGGACACCACAGGGCGGGUCUAUGAGGUUCAGGUGACGGACCCCUGUGUGUUCCUCCCUUCACGCACGCCGCGCAAGGUUGGGAGCGCAAAGGCCCCUGACUGGGAGGAUGCUGGAAGCUUGUCUGUCAGUGGCCAAGCCACGAAGAACUGGAAUCUUGAAGAAGGUACGCAUAAUUCAGGCAACCUUUCACUGAAGCACCGCUGGCUGUACAGUGACGGAGAGCAGGGGCAAACAUGCAACCCUGAGAAGCCUGGCUUGUUCCCGAGUGUGCCGUUGCAGCUGAAGCAGGGCAUUCUGGUGCAGCUUGCGUGA